AUGGCCGAAAAGAACCCCUCCGGCGAGCAGAACUUCCCCCCUCCCCCUCCAGGGCCCCCGCCUGGGCAUAACGGCCUUGCGAUGAACCCAAACGACCAUCCUGUCCCAGAGUCAAACUCGGAACUCUACGACAACACUCCUUCUACCCACUCCGAGGCCAAGGCCCAGGCCCAGGCUCAUCCUCCGGCCGAGACCCAACAAACUGCCCAUCAGGUCCCUCCUCCCGACAGCGACGGCGCCCCCAAGAAGGCAGGAUGGGGCUCCCGUUUCAGCGCCUGGGGCGGCAAGGCUGCAACGCCCUUCAACAUGCUGGCAAAUAAGCUCGGAUCCGAGAGUUUCCUGCCUGACACCAUGGACAAGGAAUGCGAGAAAGCGGCAAGAAUCCUGAGGAGCUUCUGCAAGGAUGGCAUCUACACCGACGCACAGGCCCCUGAGACCGUCGAGGCCCCCACUACAGACGCUGACGGCAAGCCUAUUACUGCUGCGGCGAAGCCCAAGAAGAACCGAACCCUCCUGACCAUCCCUUCAAAGGUAAUCAACAGGGCGGUUGGCCUGGCCAUCUUUACAACCGCUCGUGCGGGAUUCCACGUCUCGGGUGCCACCGGCUCGGGUGUCAUCGUUGCCCGUCUCCCUGAUGGCAGCUGGUCGCCCCCAUCGGGCAUCCAGGUCCACAGCGUGGGUGCUGGUUUCAUGAUCGGCCUGGACAUCUACGACUGUGUUGUGGUGAUCAACACGAGGGAGGCCUUGGAGGCGUUCACAAAGACCAGGAUGUCUCUGGGCUCCGACCUUGCAGUCGUCGCGGGUCCUUGGGGCGCAGGCGGCAGCGUUGACUUCGCAGCACCCCAAUCGCAGAAGGGCAAGGGCAAGACAGGCGCUGCUCCAGGGUCUCCGGACGCUACCAAGGACGAAGGCAAGCCAGCCACUCCUCCGCCGGCGGCGAGCGAGAAGCACCCCGACAACGCGGACCCAGUCCCAGCGGUGAAUGAGCCAGCCGCAGACAAGACGAGUGCCGAGACAGCAGAACGCCCACAGGCCGGCAAGGAGCGCAAGCCUUCCGGUCUCAAGCAGGCUAUCAAGCAGCCUACCUACUCCUACGUCAAGUCUCGGGGCUUCUACGCAGGCGUCCAGGUGGACGGCACAAUCGUCACCGAGCGCAAAGACGCGAACGCCGCAUUCUACGGUGAGCCCGUCGGCGUGCAGAACAUUCUGAAGGGUGAAGCACCCUUGGUUCCCGGCAAGGAGAACUGGAUCACCGUUGUCAAGCCUCUCUUUGACACCAUCAAGGGCGCUGAGGGCUGGAGGGCUCAGGGUGGUAGCCCGCCUGGCCAGCAGUGGGCGAACCAGCAGGGUCCGUCAGACACCUACGGCCACGGCAACGCGCCCCAGGGCUACCCCACCGGCUUCGACCCCGUCUUCGCGUCCGGGGCUGGUGCUGGUGAGAACCCACCGGCCAAGCCGCCCCGCCCCGGUGUCUCCGGCGUCACCGAGGGCGUGCAAGCCCUCGGCCUCGGCGGCUCCUCGCCUGCAGGACCCCCGGGCGGCCCCACCACGACCACCGCCGCUGCUACCGGCUCGACACACGCGGAGAGCACAACACCAGCGGCGCGCUCAAAGGCCGCCGAGGCCGCCGCGGAGGCCGAGGCCGCCCGCGAGCAGGAGCUGCGGGAGAGGAGGGAGCUGGAGCAGGCGAACGCCGCCGCCACCUCGCAGCAGAGGCCGGUGUCCAUGGCACCGCCUUACACGGAGACGGCCGGGCCAGGCGAAGCGUCGCACGGAGAUGCAGGAGGCGAGCAGCCACCUCCAGCGUAUGCGGACGACGGCGUGGCGCGGCCGGGCGUUGGGGACUCGAAGCACCCCGGAGGACCGCCGUCGUGA